GUCCUGCUCUUUUCAGGGCAGCAGACAUGUGGACUGGACCUUGUUCCUAACUGUUUAUGUGACCUGCCGUUAGGAACAAAGCUAAAAUUAAAGGAAAAAAAUAAGGAAACUACUCGGUUUUUGUUACUGAUUGAAGUGUUGGGAACAUGAAGUGGGGCUUGUGGCUUGGAGUCGUCCUCCUCACCUGUGGAAUUCUGUGUUGGGGAGUAAAAAUCCUGGACAUCCCAGAGUACGAUGGCCAGGAUCGUGUCCAUGAACUGACCAACAAAAACUACAAGGCUGUGAUGAAGAAGUACGACGUCAUGGUGAUCUAUUAUCAUAAAGCUGUUGGAGAAAACCGCAUGGCCAAGAAGCAGUUCGAAGUGGAAGAGCUCGCUCUUGAGUUGCUAACAAGCCCUGCUGCCCUCACCUACCAGCUUGCCGCCCAGGUGCUUGAUGACUUCAAUGAUGAGGAUAUUGGAUUCGGACUGGUAGAUGCGAAAAAGAAUGUUGAUGUUGCCAAGAACUUGGGUUUGGAUGAAGUUGACAGCAUUUAUAUCUUCGCUGAUGACGAGAUCAUUGAAUACGAUGGCGAGAUGGCUGCAGAGACACUGGUAGAAUUCCUCUAUGAUGUUAUUGAGGAUCCGGUGGAGAUCAUUGACAACGAAGCAGAGCUAAGAGGCUUAUUUAGCCUUGUUGAGGAUAUCAAGUUGGUGGGAUACUUUAAGGAGGACCAUUCCCGACACUUUAUUGAAUAUGAUGAUGCCGCUGAAGAGUUUCAUCCCUUUGUCAAGUUUUUUGCCACUUUUAAUAUACAAAUUGCCCAAAAACUUAAACUGGAUCUGAAUGAGGUGGUUUUUUAUGAGCCUUUCAUGAAUGUGCCUACGCUAAUCCCAGGGAAACCUUACACCAAGGCUGAGCUCAUUGACUUCAUUGAUAAUCACAAAAGGCCAACUCUAAGAAAACUAGAACCUCACAGCAUGUAUGAGACCUGGGAGGAUGACAUUAAUGGACAACAUAUUGUAGCCUUUGCUGAAGAAUCUGAUCCUGAUGGUUUUGAAUUCCUGGAGAUUCUAAAGGAGGUAGCCCGUGAGAACAAUGAAAACCCUAAUCUGAGCAUCAUCUGGAUCAACCCCGAUGACUUCCCCCUGUUGGUACCCUACUGGGAAAACACCUUUAGCAUUGACCUUUCCUUUCCACAAUUUGGUGUGGUGGAUGUAAAGGAUGCUGACAGUGUUUGGAUGGAAAUGGAUGAUGAGGAGGACAUGCCCACUGCGUAUGAGCUGGAUACCUGGAUUGAGGAUGUACUGGCGGGCAGAAUUGACCUUGAUGACGAUGAUAACGACGAUGAUGAUGACGAUGACGACAAUAAUGACGACGAUGAUGAUGAUGAAUGAAUUCCAUGCAUCAUCUCAGGGACUACACCAUAUUAAGUGGCACUAGCCCACAAUAAUUUAAUGACCAAUGUGAAGUUCAAAAUUCAUCCAAGUCUUUAGUGUCUGCACAUCCCGGUCAUCACUUCCUGGUUUUGGAAGCUUUUUUGCCUGUCUAAGGCAGAAAUCCAUCUGAAUCCCUUGAUACUUCAGGGCCAUAUCAGCAUUAUUUGACUGGUCUUUUUUAUAAAGCCCUUGUGGCGUUCCAUCUUGUCAAUAUUUCUCUUCUUGUCCAAGAUCCAAUUCUCAGUGUUACUUUUAGAUGCUCUUUUAAGAGCAUUUUCUAAAAUAAAAAGGGGGCAAAUCUCUGGCUCUCUUUAGCCAUCUGAGCACUACCUAGCUACAACAUUUUAGUAAUAUUAUGUAUAUACAGUAUGCAUAUAAUAUUCCUUUUUAUACAUGUACCCUUACAAGAGAAAUAUUUCUUUGCCAUGGAGGUGGGUUUUAUACCCUGCCAUGUUUAAGAUGAAGCCUUUACAAUUUUCAGUUUUAAAAUGCUAUCGUGAACAUACAGGGAAACCAACUAAAAUCAUUUUGUGCUAUUUGUACAGAAAGAAGGAGGUUGUAUUCACCAAAAUGUCUUAAUUUGACCAUUUCUUGCUAAAAGAAAUAUAUACCUCAGAAAUAAAAGAGCGUCCAACGUUGGAAACAUGUGAAGACAAGAAGAGCAAAAAA